AUGACCACUACGCAACUCCCAAUAUCAGAUUCCGACAAGUAUGAUUAUGUAGUUGUUGGUGGGGGUACCGCGGGCUGCGUCGUUGCGGCGAGGUUGGCAGAGUAUCUACCACACAAAAGCAUCCUUCUCAUUGAGGCUGGCCCUAGUGAUUUCAUGGAUGAUCGCGUGCUCGACCUUAAGCAAUGGUUAAAGCUGUUAGGUGGUGAGCUCGACUAUGACUACGGCACUACCGAACAGCCUAUGGGCAAUUCUUAUAUUAGACAUUCGCGAGCUAAGGUUUUGGGAGGCUGCUCUUCGCAUAAUACCUUGAUCUCUUUCAGACCGUUUCAGUAUGACCUGGAUAUCUGGCAGUCAUUGGGAGCACGGGGCUGGACUUUUCCCAUGUUUAUGAAAGCGUUGGAUAGACUGAAGAAUACCAUUCAACCAGUUCAUGCAAGACAUCGCAACCAAUUGUGUCAGGAUUGGGUUGAUUCAUGCAGCUCUGCCCUGAAUAUUCCCGUUAUUGAUGAUUUCAAUAAGCAAGUUUCGCAAACUGGUUCCUUAAAACCUAGCGUCGGAUUCUUUUCAGUGAGCUACAAUCCGGACGACGGAAGACGAUCCAGCGCUUCCGUCGCGUAUAUUCACCCCAUCCUGAGGGGUGAAGAGAAGCGGCCAAACCUGACGAUUCUGACGCAUGCGUGGGUGUCAAAAAUCAACGUUAGCGGAGAUGCUGUUAGUGGAGUAGCUCUGACGUUGAAAGAUGGCUCAUCACGUACUAUCAAGGCGAAGGCUGAGACGAUAUUGAGCGCAGGGGCUGUAGAUACCCCUCGUCUUAUGUUGCUAUCAGGUCUUGGGCCUAAGAAGCAACUGUCAGAUCUUAAUAUCCCCGUCGUCCGCGAUAUCCCGGGCGUCGGUGAGAACCUUCAGGACCACCCCGAAAGUAUUAUCAUGUGGGAGCUAAAGAAGCCCGUGCCGCAAAAUCAGACAACGAUGGAUUCCGACGCGGGAAUCUUCUUGCGUCGCGAAGCACCUGGCGCCGGAGCUAAGAAAUCAGCUGCUAACCCACAAGGUCUUUCUGAUGGAGAUAUUGCGGAUGUCAUGAUGCAUUGCUACCAGAUCCCAUUCACGCUCAACACACUUCGAUUAGGAUAUCCCGAUAUCCCAGACGGCUACGCUUUCUGCAUGACACCGAACAUCCCACGGCCGCGCUCCCGAGGUCGACUAUAUCUUACAUCUGCAGACCCCAAGGUUAAACCGUCGCUUGAUUUCCGGUAUUUCACAGACCCGGAAGGCUACGAUGCGGCUACUUUAGUAUACGGCAUGCGAGCGGCACGCAAGGUAGCAGAGCAAGCGCCGUUCAAAGACUGGAUCAAGAAGGAGAUUGCACCUGGACCAAAAGUUCAAUCAGAUGAGGAUCUUAGCCACUACGCGCGCAAAGCAGCGCACACGGUUUACCACCCAUGCGGAACAACCAGGAUGGGCGACACGACGAAAGAUGAGAUGGCUGUUGUUAACGAGAAGCUAAAAGUUAAAGGACUGAAGAAACUGCGCAUUGUAGAUGCUGGAAUAUUCCCGACUAUUCCUACUAUCAAUCCUAUGUUAACGGUAUUGGGUGUUGCUGAGAGGGCUGCUGAACUGAUUGCCGAAGAAGCUGAAUCCGAAAAGGAGAAGGCCAGGCUAUGA